AUGCCGCACAACAUUAUCUCCAACUUGUGGGUCAAGAACAAUCUCCGCAUCCCCUUCUGGCACAUCUGGCUCAAGUUAGUUGUAGAGGUGAAUCUAGAGGCCUACAAAGCAAGCAUGGCCUUAGACGCCUGGCUAGGCUCAGAAGGCAUCUCUGGCGGAUCUAUCAGCAAGAAGGCAACGCUGUCGAUCGAGGCAAACACGCUAACAUCAGCAACGCAAGUAGAGGAGAUUAAAGACAGCGAGCUGGAAGACGGCGAAGAUGGUGACGACCACAGCGUCGAGCCUGCGCCCUCCCGAAGGACUACAAACAGCCCUGCGGUCGCCCGUGCCAUGCGCCAGCUUACCUUAAUUAAGCUCUGUAAGCCUUUUACAGGCACGUAG